UUAGCAAUGGUAGUUGAAGAACAUGUCCCGGAAAAGAAAAAGAAGAUGCCCUAGGAGACGAUGGCUGGAUGACCUAAGAGGGUCUGGUAAGGAUUGGAAUAACUGGAUGGAAACAGCAAGCACUUGGUCGGGAAGCAUGGAACCGAAUUGUAGCAGCCAAAGUUCACCUCGGACUGUAUUGCCGGCGAAGUGAAGGGCUAUGAGAAGUGGUAAAACCUCGGAAGGAAGCAGCAGAGGAGCUAUCAU